CCCUGAACCUUUCCAGCACCUGCCAUGAACGAACCCCUCCUCCCGCCAGGCGAGCCCCCUCCCCCCGGCACCUGGCAUGAGUUCUGCGAGCGGCACGCGGUCUCCACCGCCCGGGAGUUGGCUUGCAAGUACCUCCUCUUCAUCCGCGAGAACCCCCAGCACGAGGUCCUGGCGGCGGAGAACUUUUCCCUCCACUUUGCCGACCUCUUCCAGCAGUACUUCCGCCAUGAGGUGAAGGAGACGUCCGCCAUGAGCCACUUCCGCGUCCUGCCCUUCAGCAGGCUGCGGGACUAUCGGGAGACGGGCUGCAAGCACGCCGACGGCUCCCCGGGGACGGCCAAGGCUGAGGUGGAGUUGGCUGACCAGGCAGACAGGAUGACCGAGGCCUGCCCCGCCGGCCUGCCGAAACUUGAGGAACUUUCGGGGACAUCGUUGACUGUGAGGAGACACUUUUCCCUUGACCGGCUGAGAAGGAGCUUGAGGAACUUUUUCCGUCGGAGGCCCUCAGAGCCCGGCCCCAUCGAAGGAGAGACGCUGGACGCCAUUUUGAAGCCGGGCCUGGCCUGGAAGAUACUCCCGUGGGCCCUCUCGCGAGAUCAGGCCCUCGAAGUGCGGAAAGAAGGUCACUUGAAGUACUGGCUGGUGACUGAGGCCACCGUGGACGGCGGGAUGCCCUGGCAGAAGUGCCGGCUGGUUCUGCGGAAAGCGGGCAACGGUGAGGAACUCUUGGAGCUGUUUGAUCCCCCCAAGUGUUCUAAGCCAAAGCUGCAGACUCCCUGCUCAGCCAUCCAGGAAAUCCGACGGUGCACCCGCCUGGAGAUGCCUGAUAACCUCCACACCUUUGUGCUCAAGGUGAACGCCUCCACAGACGUCAUAUUUGAGGCUGGAGACGAGCAGCAGCUUCAUUCCUGGAUGUCUGAAAUCAAAGAAUGCUUCCGUCGGGGGUCAGAUCUUGAGCUGAACUCCGAGUCUCCCUCAGAAACAGUGACCGCCAGCCCCACAAGCAGCAGCACCGACUCUCUUAGCCAAGGUGCGACGCAGCCUGGCCCAUCCGAUCCACCGUGCCAGAAGACUGACCGGUACCUGUCGUCCUACCCCUGGUUCCACGGGCCCAUUUCUCGAGUCAAAGCUGCCCAACUGGUCCAGCUGCAGGGACUUGAAGGCCACGGGGUCUUCCUCAUCCGACAGAGUGAAACCCGCCGGGGAGAAUACGUCCUCACCUUCAACUUCCAAGGGAGAGCAAAGCACCUGCGGCUCUCGCUGACGGAGCGGGGCCAGUGUCGGGUCCAGCACCUCCACUUCCCCUCCAUUAUGGACAUGUUGCUCCAUUUCCAACGGUAUCCCAUCCCUCUGGAAUGCGGCGCCCCCUGCGACGUGCGGCUGUCGAGCUACAUGGUGGUUGUCCCCCACGCACAAGCUGGCUCCGGCAACCUGGCCCCGCAUUCCCCCUCCGUCCACUGCUGCGGGGCAGAGUUCAGUCUCGUCCAACUGACUCCGGCCAGCUGCCCGCAGUUCCGCCACCCAGCCGCCGACCUCACCCGCAGCUCCUCCGAGGAGCAGAUCUUCCACCUGGUACCCCCUCCAGAGGAGCUGGCCAGAGGCUUGUGGCCCAGAGGUAGCCUGUCGGGGCCACCCAGCGCACCGGCCGCGCACCGCCCGUGGGACAGCGAUUACGAGAUGGACUCGCAACAAGGCAGGGGCCACUUGCGGGCAGUCAACAACCAGUACACGCCUCUUUGACCCAGUGGGACAUGCAAGCCCCCCUCCCCGCUCUGC